AUGAAAGUAAAGGCACUAUCAAGGAGUCAAGCCUCCACCCAACGAGAAUGUUCCGGAGACUUGCGGCAGCAUCAUCGGAAUCUAGACCCAGCUUAUCACCCCCUUCAGCGACCUCGUGAAUAUACAAGAGCUGUCAAUGCUGCAAAGAUAAAUAGGAUGUUUGCUCAACCACUUAUUGGCAACUUGGGUCAAGGGCAUCAAGAUGCGGUUACUCAUACUGCCAUAUCUCGAAAGUCGCUGCUUCCACUCUUGUCCGCAUCUACCGAUGGUACUCUUCGCCUUUGGGAUCUGCCAACGAGAAGUUGCGUCUCUUCAAUCAACGCUCACAAAAUGGCAAUCAAAGGGGUUGUCUUUGGUCUAGAUGAUGACUUUUACUCCUGUAGUGCUGAUGGUACGCUCCGAAAAUGGAACAUUAGCGAUUCGAUGUCAAAAAUUGCAGAGCAGAUUAAACCUGAUGAUACAUGGCAGAUACCUGGUAGCUUUUGUUCGAUUGAUCACCAUUGGACAGAACACCAGUUCAUAACUGCUUCCGACUCUUCGGUUCAACUAUGGUCUCCAGAAAGGAGCACCCCGAUUCAAUCACACAGCAAUCUAUGGGGUUCAGAUGACACAGUUCAUGUCGUCCGUUUUAAUCCUACAGAGCCUCACUUGGUUGCCAACUGUUCAAUGGAUCGAGGUAUCGGGUUGCAUGAUUUGAGAGCGGGGUCAGAAAUGAAGAAGAUGAUACUCAGAAUGAGAUCAAAUGAUUUGCAAUGGAAUCCAAUGGAGCCAUUGAACUUCGCUGUUGCGAAUGAAGAUUACCAAGCCUACACAUUCGAUAUGAGGAAACUUGAUCGACCAACACAGAUAUAUAAGGGGCACACGUCGGCAAUUAUGUCGCUGAGCUGGGCACCAACAGGAAGGGAAUUUGUCACUGGAAGUUAUGACAAGACUAUUCGGGUUUUCAACUUGAUUCAUCGUAAUGGCUUCGCGAGAGAAAUAUACCAUACGAAACGAAUGCAACGUGUGUUUACAGUGAAUUGUUCGAUGGACAACGCCUUCAUUAUUAGUGGAAGUGAUGAUACGAACCUUCGAUUAUGGAAAGCCAGAGCAAGUGAAAAGCUUGGACAACUUACUUCGAGAGAGGAGAGUGCCAUGCAAUACCGACAUGCUCUGAUCAAGAAAUAUCAGCAUCUUCCAGAAGUGAAGCGAAUUUAUCGAAGUAGGAAAAUUCCAAAGGUCAUCCAAAAACAAACGUCCCAGGCAAUAAUACAAAAGGAGAGCGCAGAAAGAAAGCAGGCCAAUCGAAUCAAGCAUUCGAAACCAGGAAGCUACAAGUUUGAAAGUGAAAGAGUGCGCGUAGUGAACAAAGAAAUAAAGUAA